UUGCGGCGUUUCGCUCCUUCCGCGCUAGAGCGGCGGCUUGUUUACUGAGCAACCAUCCCAAAACAACACCCUUUGACUUAUCACGAACCACGAAAAACGCUUAUUGCAGCCCGAAAUACAUCGAACACCACAACAAAUACAGCCGCGAACCUUUUCCAAGAUGACUACCUUCGAGCCCUCACUUAGCAGCUCGAUGCGCGCUACCUCACAUGACGUGCCCUCUUUGGCGGACCAGCUGCCCAGUAUCAACUUCGGUUUCGACGAUUUGCGCAGUCGCAUGAACCAGUUCACGACACGAUUCGAUGCCUUCAUCGAGAAUGGGAGAAGACGAGUCUUGGAGGAGAGGAAUCAGUUCCGCAUGAACGUCGCAGAGCUGCAUGAGGAUCAACGCAUGAAGAAGCGCGACAUCGAAAUUCUGGACCUCAAGCAAACCCAGCACGGCCAGAACCUCGCCAAAGAAUCGCAAGAGAAGGCUGAGAUGAAGGAAGCAAUCAGCACCCUUACACAACAGCGCGAUGAACGCCUCGCCCACCGCGAUAACCUCCGCUCUCAAAUUAACGAGAUCCAAAAAACUAUCUCUGCGCGCCGAGAAGCACAACUGAAGCACCGCCGCUACCUCGACGGUCAGUCGCGAUACAACGAGCCUGAGCUCGACUUCUGGGAGAGCUACCUUGGGCUGAGGAUCGAAGGGUUGGGCAAGGACGACCGGCUGAAGUUUGUAUACACGAAUGUUGACGAGCGUGAAUGGGAUCGUGAAGCAUGGUUUGAGCUCGACACAUCAGAGCGCGAUUACAAAGUACUGGAGAUCCGGCCCAAGGCGGAGCGCGAGGAAGUCGAACGGGUGGUAGAGCGUCUGAACGAGACGCGCGAUUUAGCCGGCUUUUUGAAGGGCAUGCGCGAGCUGUUUGUGGAGGCGUGUAAAUAGGCGGACGGUAACGACUUGGAUAUAAUGCGGCGUUUGGGACUCUUUGGAUAGCUUCGAUCAAUACCCCGUUGUCUUGCACAUCUCGCAUACCUGCGCAUUUUGUAUCGAACUUCAUCGUCGCUCAUUCUUGAACUUGUAGUACUCAGGCGCGUACUCUGUGAGCCAGUCCAUAUCCACUGUCGACAAGUCACGGAUGUAGAUUUUGUCUCUCGUCGACAUUAU